AGAGCAGAGGAGGCAAACGUGAAGUCUUUGGUUUUGACUGAAGAUGAGUGAUUAUGAGGAGGAAGAGGAGAAAGAGGAGGACAGAGCAGAGUCUCCAGGGUUCUGCUGUGUGUCUCUGAAGAGUAACCAGUCCAUGGAACCUCCUAUAUUCUUCAGUAAUGAACCUGGACCCUCACACACAAAAGGUCAGGACCACAGACUGAGAGCAGAGUCUCCAGGGUCCAGCUGUCUGUCUCUGAAGAGUGACAUGUCCAUGGAACCUCCUAUUCUCUUCAGUAAUGAACCUGGACCCUCACACACAAAAGAGAGGAAGAGGAGUCAUGUUUCUGAGGAGCAGCAGUCGUCCUGCUGUGCUUCGUGUCAGGACGUCCUGAAGGAUCCAGUCUCCACCAGCUGUGGACACUGGUUCUGCAGACAGUGCAUCACCUCAUACUGGGACCAGUCUGGUUCUUCAGGAGACUCCUCCUGUCCCCAGUGUGGAAAAAGAUCCCGAACAGGAGCUGGAGCUCAGACAGCCGAUCGUGGUCUGCAGGAGGUUUUAGAUGAACAUAAGCUCAGUCUGAGGAGGAGAUGUGAACAUGUGACUGAAGGAAGUGAUGAAACAGGAAGUAGAACCCUCCUCAACAGGAUCUACACUGAGCUCUACAUCACAGAGGGACAGAGUGAAGAGGUUAAUACUCAACAUGAGGUGAGGCAGCUUGAGACAGCUUCCAAGAAGAAGAUCCUCCACGACACUCCCAUCAAGUGCCACGACAUCUUUAAAGCCUCCACUGACCAGCAGAGCAGCAUCAGAGUCGUCCUGACCAACGGCGUCGCUGGCGUUGGAAAAACCUUCUCGGUGCAGAAGUUCACUCUGGACUGGGCAGAGGGUUUAGAAAACAAGGAUGUGUGUCUGCUGGCUGUGCUUUCGUUCAGGGAGCUGAACCUGGUGAAGGACCAGCAGCAAAGUCUCCUCACGCUGCUCCGUGUUUUCCAUCCAGCGUUACAGAAGCUCACGGCAGAGACGCUCGCUGUCUGUAAACCUUUGUUCAUCUUUGACGGCCUGGAUGAAAGCAGACCUUCUCUGGACUUCAACCACAGGGAGCUUGUGUCUGAUGUCACACAGAGGUCAUCAGUCAACGUGCUGCUGACAAACCUCAUCCGGGGGAAUCUGCUUCCCUCGGCUCUCGUCUGGAUAACCUCCAGACCUGCGGCGGCCAAUCAGAUCCCUCCUGCAUGUGUCGACAGGGUCACAGAAGUACGAGGCUUCACUGACGCCCAAAAGGAGGAGUACUUCAGGAGGAGAUUCAGUGAUGAAGAGCAGUGCAGCAGAAUCAUCUCACACAUCAAGACGUCCAGGAGCCUCCACAUCAUGUGUCAAAUCCCAGUCUUCUGCUGGAUCAGUGCUACAGUUCUGGAGCACAUGUUGACCACAGACCAGAGAGGAGAGCUGCCCAAGACCCUGACUGACCUGUAUUCACACUUCCUGCUGGUUCAGACAAGGAGGAAGAACAACAAGUACGGUGAGGGACAUGAGACGACUUCACAGCAGCUGAUGGAGGCUGACAGGGACGUUCUCCUGAAGAUGGGGAGGUUGGCACUUAAACAUCUGGAGGAAGGAAACAUCAUGUUCUACCAAGAAGACCUGGAGCAGUGUGGUCUUAAUGUCACAGAGGCCUCGGUGUACUCAGGAGUUUGUACUGAGAUCUUCAGAAGAGAGUGUGUGAUCUUUAUGAAAUCAGUCUACUGCUUUGUUCAUCUGAGCGUUCAGGAGUUUCUAGCUGCAGUCUACAUGUUCCACUGUAACACACACACAGAAGAAGUAAACAACUUCAUGGGAAAAUAUGGGGACACAGACAGUACCUCCUCCUUGGAUGACCUCCUGAAGAGAACCAUGGAGAAAUCCCUCACCAGUACAAAUGGUCAUCUGGACCUGUUUGUUCGCUUCCUUCACGGCCUCAGUCUGGAGUCCAACCAGAGAGUCUUAGGAGGCCUGCUGGGUCGGACAGAGAACAAUCCAAAGAUCAUCCAGAGAGUCAUUAACAACCUGAAGGAGAUGGAGAGUGAUGACAUUUCUCCUGACAGAAGCAUCAACAUCUUCCACUGUCUGACUGAGAUGAACGACCACUCAGUUCAUCAGGAGAUGAAACAGUUCCUGACGUCGGACAACAGAUCGAAGGAGGAACUCUCUGAGAUCCACUGCUCAGCUCUGGCCUACAUGCUGCAGAUGUCAGAGGAGGUUCUGGAUGAGUUGGACCUGAAGAAGUUCAACACAUCAGACCAGGGUCGACGGAGACUGAUCCCAGCUGUGAGGAACUGCAGGAAGGCUCGACUCAUUGGUUGUCGACUCUCAGAGACUCACUGUGAAGUUGUGGCCUCAGCUCUGAAGUCAGACCCCUCACAUCUGAGAGAACUGGAUCUGAGGGGAAACAACCUGCAGGAUUCAGGAGUGAAGCUGCUGUGUUCUGGACUGGAGAGUCCAAACUGUCGCCUGGAGACUUUGAGGUUGAAGUACUGCAAUCUGUCAGAGAUCAGCUGUUCUUCUCUGGCUUCAGCUCUGAGGUCAAACCCCUCUCAUCUGAGAGAACUGGAUCUGAGCCUAAACAAGCUGCAGGAUUCAGGAGGGAAGGAGCUGUGUGGUUUUCUACAGAGUCCAACCUGUCGACUGGAGACUCUGAGGUUGAGGGGCUGCAGACUCACAGAGAUCAGCUGUUCUUCUCUGGCUUCAGCUCUGAGGUCAAACCCCUCUCAUCUGAGAGAACUGGAUCUGAGACUAAAUUACCUGCAGGACUCAGGAGUGAAGGAGCUGCUUGAUCUACAGCAGAGUCCAACCUGUCGACUGGAGACUGUGAGAUGGAGGGAGUGGUCCUUGUCCAAAGGCUGAAGCAUCAGCAGCUUGUGUGUAGAGCGGCUCUGACUGGGCCUUGUUGCUGGGAAGCAGAGUGGAGACGGAGCUCCAUAAGAAUCAGAGGAGGUGCACUGAUCUGAGAUCAGCUGUCACACAGUGUCCAGUCCACCAUCCUAUAACCACCUUCUGUGUAUCUGAUUGUUUAUAAGCUUACAUUUCUUUGAUUCAAAUCACAAAUUGAUUUCUACACAAAGUUAAACACCUUUAAAUAACUUUGAGUGUAGGAGCCGUUAAUUAGUAACAUUAAAAUAAGUAACACUAAUAAGUUAAAGAAAGAUAUUAUUAUUAUUUAGUUAAUUAUAAUUUAAGAUGUCAUAGGUUUGUAUUUUGGGUGUAUUAUUUGGUUUAUUUGUUAUUUAUUGUUUACUUCCUAUAGGAGCAGUUAAUUAGUAACAUUAAAAUAAGUAACACUAAUACGUUAAAGAAAGAUAUUAUUAUUAUUUAGUUAAUUAUAAUUUAAGAUGUAAUAGGUUUGUAUUUUGGGUGUAUUAUUUGGUUUAUUUGUUAUUUAUUGUUUACUUCCUAUAAUAUUAAUUUGGAAAUUGGUCAUAAGGAUAGGGGGGGGGGAUCAUAGUUGAUUUAAGCACCAGUUCACCUGUUUAUGAAGAAAAGAGUGUGAGUGGGGACGCUGUAUUAUUUGUUGAUCUUCUAAACAUCGUUACACAAUCUGCUUUUUUCCGUUUGAUCGAUUUAAUCUAUGAGUUUGAAAAUGAACAAUCAAAUGUAUCUUUUUUCUUCAAUAAAGUUUAUACACAUUUUGUA